GUCAAAUUCUCCAAAUGUUCCUAGCUAAAUUAUUGCCCAAUGUCUAAGUACAGAAGCUCUAUCAAUGAUGUUUGUAGAACUGCUACAGAAUUGUGUCCAUUUUGAAACUAUCACUGUGCGUACACCUGAACUUACUAAUGACAAGCUAUGUUAAAGUUAAGUUUUCACAGUCUCAUAAAUCAAUAUUAGUAGCUUUAUGGAAUAUGUAGGUCACAAAUUUGUCAUAGAUGUAUGCACUCCCGUCUAACUCAAGUUCAACCCGAUUUUAGAAAGAUUUAAAGGAGUGAAGUAUAGUUGAUGCACUGGACCAUGUCUUAGAGACCAACUCUUUGUGUAUGAUUAUCUAUGAUUCACAAAUUACGCAUAAUAACUGAAAAUUGAAACAAUGGCAACUUGUUCAAAAAAUGAUCAUGGUUGACUUGUAAAAACUUCCCUUUGGCAACGUUUCUUAAUGUUUCUUCCAUGCCCUUUGGCUGAUUAUGCUCUGAUAUACCAAUAGGAAACUGGGGAAUGUUAUUUUACACUAAUCACUCUUAAAAUAACUAUGAUAGUGUUAACUUGUGCAUGAAUUAAAUGAUACAAACAAAGUAUUCAUGGAUAUGCAUUGAGCUGUGAAAAUUUAAUUAGAGCACAAAUUGUUGACAAUUCUUCUUUGUCUUGUUUCAGGUCUUUGUAGUGCAUCAAUUAGACAUAUCAAGUCUUUCGUGUCUUGCUGAGUCCUUGACUGGUUAAAAAAGCUGGUUAUUAAUAUCAUUUGUUUAGAAUAGCAUGCCGAAAGAGAUGAUAAAUGGCUUACCUCGCGAAUCUCUAGUUCUCGACAAAGUUGCAAAGCCCAAGAGAGUUGUUUCUGCCUUCCAUCAAACCAGUUUACCCAGUAGUACAGUUAAUCAGAAGAAUACAGAUCUGUUUGUUAGAAGUGAUGACACUGGUGAGAAUAGUAAUGGAGUGGAAUCAUCUGGAACCCCAGUUGUUCCACGGAAAGAUCGUCUUGUUCAAGAGAUAGAAAACAGUCUUGCAGAAAUAGAGGACCAUUAUUCUAACACUAGCAAACUAGAAGAAGAACGGUCUGUCGUUGAAAUGGAAAGGAACUCAUUAGUAAAGGAUAUUGAAGAGACAAUAGCAGAAAUUAAAAAUCAUGUCCUGAACUCUUCUGAUGUGACUUUUGAGAAAGAUGCUCUGCAGGAUGAGUGUGAUGGUUUGCGUGAUCAAGUGGAUCAUUUGAAAACACUUUUGGAUAAUUCCGUUGGCUUGGAAAAUAGUGAUGCAAGUGACAACUCUUCCCAUGAAUUGAUGCAACAAAACCUUGCUUUGAAAGCUGAUAUUGAGAAAUUAACUUUAGAAAAUGAGCAAUUAAAAGGUUUAGGUCAAAAUACUAAUAUGGCAGAUAAUACAUCAAAUUUAUUGACAAGAGAACUGGAAUUGCUACAUGAUGAAAAUGCAAACCUACAAAAACUUCUUCAAAUGGCAGAGGAAUCAGAAGACAAUAUUGCUAAAGAACUGAUAAAUGCAAACUCACAGAAAGCAGAAAUGCAAAAGCUUAGUGAAAGCUUAAAGAAGGAAAAUAAACAGCUGAAAUCCUUGAAAGAACAACUAGAAUUAGACAGAGAAGAGCUUGAGGAAGAGGUGGAUUGUUUGCAAAAGAGGUUGAGUAAGACUGGGAAUCAAAAUGGAAAUGUUGUAUUGCUGAAGGAAUCAAAAGAAGAUCUAGCAGAUGCUGAGAGAAAGUGCACCCUUCUUGAGAAAGAAAAGAGUGUAUUGACUAAGAAAGUUGACCAACUUGAAAAAGAAAUACAGCAAUUAAAGGAACAAAGAGAAAAGAUGUCAGAAAAUGUAUCACCUAAACCAACUCAAAAUGUCCUUCAGUUAAAGUCAGCUCUUGAAAAACUGAACAAGGAAACAUCAACACUUCACGAGUCACUGGAAAAGGCAGAGGAGGAGAUAACAUCACUGAAAGAAGAUCUGGAAAAGGAGAGGGAAGAGAAAGACAAGUGGAAAACAAGUGCAAGUGAAAAAGGGAAAAAGCAGAAAAGUAAAAAAGUCCAAGAGGGUGAAGUUAGUAAAACUAAUGAUGAUCACAGUAGUGAGGUGGAAGCUUUCAAGAAAGAAAUUUAUAAUUUAAAAAGUGAAUGUGAGUGUCUGUCAGAGACUGUUGCAAAAACUGCAAACGAGAAACGUCAAAUGGUUAAAGAAAUGGAAGCGCUUAAUGAAGAAAAGACAAAACAUGAAUCAAAACUAGUUGAACUCAAAGGGAUCAUUGAAAAGUUAACACAAAUCCAGACAGAGAAAGAAGAAUUAGAGAGAGCCCAUUCAAAUCUUAGAAAUCUUCAUCAAGAACUUGUGCAGAGGCUGGAAAUUGCCAAUAAAAACAACACUGAAAAGGAUGAAAUACUGCAAAGAACUUCAAGUGAGAAACAGUCUGUUGAAAAACUCUGCAAAGAACACAAGGACACCAUUGAAAAGCUAAAGAAUGACCAAGCCCGAUCUAAUAAAGAUUUAUUAUCCAAAGAUGAUGAAGUGAAACUUAUGAAGAGAAAUUUGGAUGAAAAGAUAAGAGAGUUGUCUGCAUCUUGUGAAGAAGAGAAAAAAGAGAAGCUGAAACUUCAUGAGGAAAUACAAGAAAUGUCUGCCAGAUUGAAAUCUUCUGAGGGAGAGUUAAACUCUGUACGUCAGUCUCAAGCAAGUAAAGGGUCUGAACUUCAAAACUUAAGAUUCAUGGUUGAUGAGAUUCGAAAAGAGUUAAGAUUAACUCAACAGAAUUUACGAGAGGCAGAGGAAGCAAGACUUCUUGCUGAAGAAAAGGCUGAAUUUGCUGAGAAGGCCAAAGAGGAUUUGGAGAAGUCUAAUGCAGUUUUUAAUGAUAUGGCUAUGGAGAAAUCUCUUGAGCUUUCUCGAAUGAAGAGGACUUUAGAAAAAAAGGUGGAGAAGCUCACAAAAGAAAACAAUGAACUGCAAAAGAAACUUGGACUUGAUAUACCAAAUUCAACCAAGUCUCAGUCUCCUCCAAGGUUGUCCCCUGUAACUGUUCAAAUGCAGAAAAUCCCAAGCCUUGAUGUGAACUUGGAACACCUGUCUAAACCAUCCCAGAGACAACUAAACAAUGGUAUGCAGAGGCAAUCUCUGGAUCAAAGUACAUCAUCUCGGCAGAGGGCUGUAAAUGGUCCAGUUUCUGAUAAGAGAUUAAGACGCUCAAGUCUGGAUAGUGACUCUGCUGUUGAUUACCAGAAUCAAAGAAAUUACGAGGACGAUUUUGUAAAACCUCUUCAUAAUGUGGGAGUUGUUAAUUCUGUUUCCUCAGAUUACAAGGUUGUUGCUUCUGAAGCUCCCUCAGUUCACCCAAAGCAGCAGUUCACCAGCUCUGUAGUGCAUGUUUUGUCAUCACCAGGCGGUAAUCAAAAUUCCACAGCAGCAAGAGAGGAUUCUGGAUUCAGAAGAGCAAGCUAUGGUAAUCACUGGAGAGAUAGUGAAAGAAGCAGGGAAGAAAGAAGAGUUGAGGAUCAGAAAAUGGAGGAGAAAGAAAGAGAUGAUGAUCCAUAACAGAAUUAAAUGGAACUAAUGAGAAGCAGUUGACUUAUAAAUAUUAACCAAGAAGCUCUGUCAUGUUAGGAGCAUUUCAAAGAGAUUGCUUUCAACCACUGUGAUUUUGCUUAAGGUGUCUUUUUGGAGUAUCUAGAUGUUUAGAGACAUGGGUGUAAGCAAAUUUUCAAUUGGUGAAUAAUAUGAAGGGUUAAAAUUGGUUUAUGAUUUAGGCUUGUCUACUCUCAAUGUACCCUGCUGGCAGAGGCGUUUAUUUGUUAACUUCCCCUACGGUCCACGUAAAAAUAAAGUCCUCUGCGCUCGGCCUC